UAAACAGCUGGGCUUGCAAUGUUCAGUUGAAUUCCGUACAUAUUUUCUUAUUUUUGUUCCCGGCAGCCAAAAUAUGCGUAGACAUUUGAAACAGAAUAUAAAACAACUUACGGCCAGCUAUCAAAAUGGUUUUUACUCGCCCCGUCAUGUCACGGAUUGUGCCUUAGAUAAUGCUGUUAAGUUUAAAGAGCUUAAUGCUUUCAUACGCAUCACCCCGGAGUUGGCAUUGCAUCAGGCCAAAGAGUCGGCUCAUCGUUAUCAUGAAAAACAAAUUAAAGGUGCUCUGGAUGGUAUAACCAUUGCCAUGAAGGAUAACUUCUGUACCAAAGAUGUUCAUACUACCUGUGCUUCCAAAAUGCUAGAAAAUUUUGUUCCUCCCUACAAUGCCACAGUUUACGAGCGUUUAUUGGCAGCUGGUGCCAUUCUAAUAGGUAAAACAAAUAUGGAUCAAUUUGCUAUGGGUUCUGGCACGGUAGAUUCCAUAUAUGGCCCAGCUAAAAACUGUUGGAGUGAAGAUUUUAGCGAAGACAAUUGGCGUAUAACUGGCGGCAGUUCUGGUGGUUCAGCUUUGGCUGUGGCAAGUGGUAUUUGUUAUGGUUCAAUUGGCUCGGAUACCGGUGGCUCUACACGUAAUCCUGCCUCCUAUUGCGGUGUAGUAGGCUUAAAACCAACUUAUGGGUUAGUUUCCAGACAUGGUCUUAUUCCCUUAGUGAAUUCUAUGGAUGUCCCUGGUAUUUUCACACGUUGUGUAAGCGAUUGUGUUGAUAUUCUUAAUGCAGUGGCUGGACCAGAUCAUCGUGACUCGACUACAAUUAAAAAACCCUAUCGACCAAUCAACCUAGCCGAACCAGAUGACAUUGACUUAAAAAAUAUACGUAUUGGCAUACCCAAAGAAUAUCAUUGCGAUGGCUUGUCUGCGGAAGUACUAGAAACAUGGAGAAAAAUUGCCGAUAUUUUGGAAUCAGGAGGAGCUCAGGUCAAACAAGUUUCACUACCCCAUACUGCUGCUAGUAUUUUCGUUUAUUCGAUUUUAAAUCAAUGUGAAGUAGCCAGUAAUAUGGCUCGCUACGAUGGCAUUGAAUAUGGUCAUCGUGCCGAUGAUGAUAGAAGCACUGAAGAAUUAUAUGCCAAAACAAGAGCUGAAGGAUUUAAUAAUGUGGUUAAGACUAGAAUUUUAACCGGCAAUUAUUUCUUGUUGCGCCAGAAUUAUGAUUUAUAUUUUGAAAAGGCUCUGAGAGUACGUCGUUUAAUAGCCGAAGAUUUUCAACGUGUAUUUGUUAGUGGUCAAGAGGAUGAAAAAGCAGAUAUACUUUUGACACCAACCACCUUAUCCGAUGCUCCUUUAUAUAAGGAUUUUGUAUCGGUUUCCAAUCGUGAUCAAUGUGCGGUGCAAGAUUUUUGUACUCAACCCGCUAAUAUGGCGGGUAUACCAGCAAUUUCUAUACCCAUUAGGGUGUCUAGUCAAGGUAUGCCUAUAGGUUUGCAAUUAAUGAGCAAUACUCUCAAUGAAGCGUUGCUCUUAACUGUGGCCAGAUGGAUAGAGGCACAAGUUAAUUUUAAUUGCUUUGAUAAUGAACAACUAUUUAAAAUUAGUAAAUAAAAUGGUUUAAAGAAAAA